AGAUGUUAUAAGGAUUGGAAUGGUUUGAUCAUGGCAACUUCAACCAAUCCUUACUGUUCAACAGAAGAAACCACAAACGCUAGCAGAGCCUGCCGGCUUCUCUUGGGACCCUGUACUGAUCAGCUAAGAGACGUGUUACGUAGCAGGGUUCCCCCCUCUACCUUUCCAAGCUUCAUUCAAACAAAGAAAGAUAAGCUACCAAGAUUAACUUUGGAGCAGAGAAAUUUGAUUCUGCCACUUAAUGGAUCUUAUACCGGAAAUUAUGACGAUUUUGAUAUUUCACUCUUGUACAUACUUCUUCGGAAUAUAUGUAAUAUUUCUCCACAUAAAAAUGGUUGAGAUAAAGAACCAGACAUUUCAGAUUCGUGUCUUUCUGCAAAUGUUGAAAGAAUACGACUUGCUCGAAAUAAGACUGCACAUGAUUCGAAGUUCUCUUUCGAACUCUGAAUUUAUCGACAUUUGGUUGACACUUCGAAGUGGAGUGGUAAGUGUUGAUUCAUUUCUCUCAAAUGCAAAUCACUACGAAAAGGAAGUUAAUAUAUUACGAUACACAUCAAUGGAUCCUCUCCAGGAGCAGUACUACAGAGACGAACUAGCGAAGCAGUAUGCAGAGGAACAAGUAACGAAAAAACAUUUGAGAAAAUUUGAAGAAAGAUUAGAAAACCUUGAAGGGAAGACGAUUAAAAUGACAAAUCAACGCAAUCACUUAUUGCUGCCAUGGAGGAAAGACGACACUUCCUUUUUUGAGACUUCGUUUUUCAAAGACAUCAAAAGACGUUUUGUUUCCCGACAAGUUAUCGUCGUGGUUGGGGCUCCUGGGUCUGGGAAAACUGCUUUGAUUCGCCACAUCGCUUUACAGUUGGAACCUCACUACCAAAUUGUUCCUAUCUUCCGACCUCAGGAUAUCACAAAGUAUGACGAUUCCAACAUUCCAAAAGUUUUCCUGAUGGAUGAUGUCUUAGGCAUAUUUAGUGUAGACAGGAGUUUGGUAUCAGAAUUAGAAAGAUACAACGAGGUAAUUAGAUUGGUGUUAGAUAUGGAGAAAAGGAGAUCAAAACUCUUUAUGUCAUGCAGAUUAUCGAUAUACAAUGAGGCAAAAGAGCUAAAUUUAGCUCUAUUUGAAAAGAAUAAUAUUGUCAAUUUAGAUAGUGAAGAAAAUGAUCUUUGAAAAGAUGAUCGGGAAGGCAUAUUUGAGUCUCAUAGUAAAAAUGCAAAACUUAACAUAACACUUGAUGUAGAAACCCUUCAACAGAAAAGUAACUUUCUGUUUCCACUUCUUUGCAAACUGUUCUGCAAAGACGAACAGUUAAGAAAGUACGGUAGUGAUUUUUUCCAAAAACCUUAUCAGUGUUUGUUUUCUGAGAUGGAUCAUAUACAAACCAAAAAUAGAUUACAAUAUUCUGCGAUGGUUUUGUGCAUGCUUCACAACAAUAGCUUAUCUGAAGCUGAGCCAUUCAAUGCAGAUAUACUUUUAAAGGUUUACAGAUCAUGUAGAGUGAAAGGGAACCCUCAAAAUUGGGAAAUCUUUGAGCAAUUGGUACACUUAAGCGGUACGUAUAUUACACAGAACAAAAAAAACUACACAUUUAUGAAUGAUACAAUCUUCGAAGUGGUUGCCAAUCACUAUGGAAAGAUAUCUCCUGAUCAAAUUAUUGAUCAUCUUAGCAGUAGUUUUAUUGCAAAACGAAUUGUGAUAGAAAAUGUUGACAAUAGAAAAGACUUGUGCAUUCAGCUAGAUGAGUCGAAUUACAGCAAACUUGCAAAGAGAUUGUACGAAGAUAUAAAGAAUGGUUCGCUACAUGAUGUGUUUUUGAAUACAGCACUGAAAAAUUCAAGUUUUAAAGACGUAUUCAUUACCUAUCUGAAAAAUGAGCCAUACAGAGAUAUCAAAGCAUAUUUUCUAUCGUCAAGAGAAGAAUGUUUCGAAACCGUUCUUCUUGAUUCAAACAAA